UCACCAGUCAUUCUACACAGCAGCAGCAGACUGCAGCAGACAAUGGGGGAGAAAUGGACUGCAACAUACAAUAGAUAGGAGAUGAUGGAGAGAGAAGACACAUUAGGUGUCACGCAGGCCUCCCAUGGCCAGCCAUCUCCCACCUCACGGAAUGCAGAGCAGCGAGAGGGACAGAGGCUUCGAGAAGACCUGGAAAAGGCAAUGCUGCGACAGUGGGAGGAGAUGUCCAUGACGUCUAUGGAUGGUUGGAAACGGAUGGAACAGAAAAACAAACCAGAGGGAACGAGGGGAGGAGCCGACAGACAAGCACACAAGCCGCAGAUAGUGAGUAAGGCCGUCAAAAACAGUGAGACAGCCAGUAAGGCCACCAGUGAGACAGCCAGUAAGGCCACCAGUGAGACAGCCAGUAAGGAUGCGAGUGAGACCGGCAGUGAGACAGCCGGUGAGAAUGCCUUUAAGACCGCCAGGGAGGAUGCAUUUAAGGUCGCCAGUAAGGAUGCCAUUAAGGCCGCCAGUAAGGAUGCAUUUAAGGUCGCCAGUGAGGAUGCUACCAAGGCCGCCAGCGAGGCCUUGCAACCGACAAGUGAGGCAUGGCUUCAAGCAGAACUUGCGAUGGCAAUAAAACGUCUGGAGGCACAGAGCAACUUGGUGGCACUACAGAAACUGGAAAAGGGCAUGGCCAUGCACAGUCAGGGUAUAAAUGAGAGACACACAGAGGAGGAGAUGAGGAGAAUGAAAGGGCAGACGGCAGAAAAGAUGGACUUUUGGAGCCAGAAGGAUGACGCAGCAAAGCAGGAGGUACCAGUGAUGGAAGCAGAGCGAUAUGAACCCAAGAGGCUAGGAGCAGGGACAGGAAAAAUAUAUCUGAAUUAUGGACAAAAAACAGAUACGUUAGGUAGCACUAUUGUGGAGAUGAGGGGAGGGACAGCGGAGGAGCAGCUGGCAAUGGCCAAACACAUCAUCCAGGACCAGCAGAGGAGAAUAGCAGAGCUGGAAAGAACAUCAGCACAGUGGAUGAGGAAGUACAUGGAGAUGAAGAGAUACGGGCUAGAGAGCCAGAGAUGCAUACAGGAACAAGGGGAAAGCAUUAAAUGCCUGGAGGAAUGGCAAGCGCAGAUGUGGGCAAAAGUCAAUAUGUGGAUUGAAAUAGAUAGAAAACGAGUACAGCUGCUAGAAACAACAGAGAAAACAGGGAGAGUGACAGCAGGAAACACCAAUUUAACACAAGUCCCUCAACAAUCAACUCAGCAAUUAAAAUUGGACCCAAUAGUUCUUCAUGAGAGAGGCGAGAGAUUGAAACAUGAAAUGAAUGCCCCAAUGGGAAAAGAUAGAGAGAAAAAGGAGAUAUCAGUGGUCCGUCAACAAUCAACUCAGGACCUAAUAGUCCUUCAUGAGAGAGGCGAGAGAUUGAAACAACAAAUGAAUGCCCCAAUGGGAAAAUAUAGAGAGAAAGAGGAGAUAUCAGUGGUCCGUCAACAAUCAACUCAGGACUUAAUAGUCCUUCAUGAGAGAGGCGAGAGAUUGAAACAACAAAUGAAUGCCCCAAUGGGAAAAUAUAGAGAGAAAGAGGAGAUAUCAGUGGUCCGUCAACAAUCAACUCAGGACUUAAUAGUCCUUCAUGAGAGAGGCGAGAGAUUGAAACAACAAAUGAAUGCCCCAAUGGGAAAAUAUAGAGAGAAAGAGGAGAUAUCAGUGGUCCGUCAACAAUCAACUCAGGACUUAAUAGUCCUUCAUGAGAGAGGCGAGAGAUUGAAACAACAAAUGAAUGCCCCAAUGGGAAAAGAAAGAGAGAAAGAGGAGAUAUCAGUGGUCCGUCAACAAGCAACUCAGGACCUAAUAGUCCUUCAUGAGAGAGGCGAGAGAUUGAAACAUGAGAUGAAUGCCCCAAUGGGCAAAGACAGAGAGAAAGAGGAGAUACCAGUGGUCCGUCAACAAGCAACUCAGCAACCCACACUGAGCUUAGUGCUUAGACAAAAAAUUGCUGUGAAGAGACAUGAAAUGAAAGCAAGAGAGAUAGAGGAGAGAGAUGCCCUGAACAGACAGGCAGAAAGACAAAUGAAUGCACCACUGAGCAGAGCCAGAGAGAAAGAGGAGAUACCAGUGGUGGUACAGGGGACGAGCAAGAGCUGCAAGAGAGAGCUGCAGUCGGUGCUGCAAGAGAAGGUGACAGAGAGACUGGCGGUCACGGCUGUGGCCACAGCGCGCAGUACUGGACUGGGCUCAGGUGACGUCCAAUUGCUGAAACGCAGAGAGGAGCUACAGAGCUCAAAAGUGACGGACACAAACACCGGAGAUGGACUCAGCGACCAGCAGCCCCAGGUUCCCGAGCCGAAGAAGAAGAAGAAAAAAUCUGUAGUCAGCUGGGUAAAAAAGAGGAUGAAAUUUGGCAAAAAAGAAUGAGGAUGACAACCAACAUGCAUUCAACAUGCAACAUGCAAGACAAAAAAGACAAAAAAAGAGACAAAAUCAGACAAAGACAAAAAAAACCUAGCAAAAUAAAAAUCAUAAUAAAAAAAUAAUAACUAAUAAUAAAAAAUAAUUAAAAAAAA